UUUUAAACGCCGUCCUUUAUUUAGGUUCCGACAUCCUCGCCUCUCUUCUGUGCCAGAGGAGCGCUCAGGCCGUCCGUCUCCCCCUUUGCUCUCCCCAACUUGGCGCACCCUCCCUCCCGUCCCUCCCUGACACUCCCACCACCCCCCCUCGGUUCCGCGACUAGGCGCGAUGCUGCAGAAGACGCGCUGAGCCCUUUUGGAUCUAAUGCGCAGAGGAGGCUGGCCCAGCGCUCCUGGGCUCCCCCAAGGCUGAGCUCCAUCCAAGGUGCCCGCAGGCUCCCUGCCCGCCUUCCCCAUGCCAGCCCACAGCUAGGGGCAAGGACAGCGGUCGGCUGGGGCCGGGGGUGGGUGGGGAGCUUCCGGAGAGGACAGGCCGAAGCUUGGCUAUGGAAGGCUCCAAUGGCUUUGGGAUCGACUCCAUCCUCUCCCACCGGGCGGGCAGCCCCGCCCUUCCCAAGGGGGACCCCCUGCUUGGGGACUGCCGCUCACCCCUGGAACUGAGUCCUCGCUCGGAGAGCAGCAGUGACUGCUCCUCACCAGCCUCACCAGCAAGGGACUGUCUGGAGACGGGCGCCCCGCGGCCUGGCAGGGCACCGGGCCCAGGUUUGGACUCCCACCUGCAGGCCGGACAGCUCUCGGCCCCAGCCCAGUCGCGUACAGUGACCUCCUCCUUUUUGAUCAGGGACAUCCUUGCCGACUGCAAACCACUGGCCGCCUGUGCGCCCUAUUCUAGUAGCGGGCCGCCCGCCGCCCCUGAGCCCGGGGGCCACCUCGCACCCAAGGCCGGCGAGGACUUUAGAGACAAGCUGGACAAAAGUGGCAGCAACGCCUCGUCAGACUCCGAGUAUAAAGUGAAGGAGGAGGGCGACCGGGAGAUCUCCAGCUCGCGGGACAGCCCCCCGGUGCGCCUGAAAAAGCCGCGCAAGGCGCGCACGGCCUUCACCGACCAUCAGCUGGCGCAGCUGGAGCGCAGCUUCGAGCGGCAGAAAUACCUGAGCGUGCAGGACCGCAUGGAGCUCGCCGCCUCGCUCAACCUCACCGACACGCAGGUCAAGACUUGGUACCAGAACCGCAGGUGA